AUGUCUACACACGUCGCAUCGCCAAACAAGCUACCCAGCGACUUCCUUUGGGGGUUUGCUACCGCGAGCUUUCAGAUUGAGGGCUCGACCGACGUUGACGGCCGCGGCAAGUCAAUAUGGGAUGAUUUCUCCAAGCUCCCCGGCAAGACCCUCGACGGUCGGGACGGUGAUGUAGCCACCGACUCUUACCAGCGGUGGAAAGAGGACCUCGACCUGCUCGUCGAAUACGGGGUAAACUCUUACCGAUUUUCCAUUGCGUGGUCGCGCAUUAUUCCGCUCGGAGGUCGCAAUGACCCCAUCAACGAGGCCGGGAUCCAGUUCUAUUCGAAUCUGAUCGACGCCCUCCUCGAGCGCGGGAUUGUUCCGUUCGUGACCUUGUACCACUGGGAUCUUCCGCAAGCACUCUAUGAGCGGUAUGGCGGUUGGCUAAGCAAGGAGAUCGUCGAAGACUAUGUCCACUAUGCGAGAGUCUGUUUCGAGCGUUUCGGAGACCGCGUAAAGUACUGGCUGACCAUGAACGAGCCCUGGUGUAUUUCCAUCCUCGGACAUGGUCGCGGCGUGUUUGCGCCUGGCCGGUCAAGUGAUCGCAUGCGCUCACCGGAGGGCGAUUCUUCGACGGAACCAUGGAUUGCCGGGCACAACGUCAUCCUGUCGCACGCGUACGCGAGCAAGCUGUACCGCGAGGAAUUCAAGGCGACCCAGGGCGGCACCAUCGGGAUCACGCUCAACGGCGACUGGGCUUUGCCGUACGACGACAGCCCUGAAAAUGUCGCCGCCGCGCAACACGCGCUGGAUGUUGCCAUCGGCUGGUUCGCGGACCCCAUCUACCUCGGACAUUAUCCGGCGUAUAUGAAGGAGAUGCUGGGAGACCGUCUGCCCACGUUCACGCCGGAGGAACUCGUCGUGGUGAAGGGCUCGUCCGAGUUCUACGGCAUGAACACGUACACAACGAACCUUUGCAAGGCCGGCGGCGACGACGAGUUCCAGGGCAAAGUGGAGUACACGUUCACCCGACCAGACGGGUCGCAGCUUGGCACGCAGGCCCACUGCGCGUGGCUACAGGACUAUCCCGAGGGCUUCCGCCAGCUCCUGAACUACCUGUGGAAGCGGUACAAGCACCCCAUCUACGUGACCGAGAACGGGUUUGCGGUCAAGGAUGAGAACUCGAUGGCGAUCGAGCAAGCCAUUGCGGACCACGACCGUGUGCAGUACUUCAAGGGCAACACGGAUGCGCUGCUCGCGGCGCGGAACGAGGACGGCGUUGACCUUAGGGCGUACUUUGCGUGGAGUCUCCUCGAUAACUUCGAGUGGGCCGACGGUUAUGUGACGCGGUUCGGGCUCACGUACGUCGACUACGACACGCAGAAACGGUACCCCAAGGAGUCAGGCAAAUUUGUCGCUCAGUGGUUCAAGGAGCACGUUCCGAAGGAAACACUGGCACAGAAGGAGCCGAAACGGCUGGAGCUCCCGCAGGUGAAUGGCAGCUCUCUCUCCGACAGCGCGACGUCUUCGCCGACUAUCGAGUCCAAAAAGAAGACGAAGAAGGCGCCCUUCGCUCGGAUUACGGCGUACAUCUCGACCUUCCUCGGUAUUUGA